GGGGCCCGGAGCGGCGGCGGGCGGGCGGGCGCGGGGCGGGGCGGCCCCGGGCCCCUUUGUUCGGCGGGAGGCGGCAGCGCCGCCGCUUUGUGCGCCUCGGCCCGCAGCGCCGGUUUGAGCCAACUGCCUGGUCAGGAUGAGCUGGAGCUUCCUGACGCGGCUCCUGGAGGAGAUCAACAACCACUCGACCUUCGUGGGCAAGAUCUGGCUCAGCGUCCUCAUCGUCUUCCGGAUCGUGCUGACGGCCGUGGGGGGCGAGUCCAUCUACUACGACGAGCAGAGCAAGUUUGUCUGCAACACGCAGCAGCCCGGCUGCGAGAACGUGUGCUACGACGCCUUCGCCCCGCUCUCCCACGUUCGCUUCUGGAUCUUCCAGAUCAUCAUGGUGGCCACCCCCUCGGUGCUCUACCUGGGCUUCGCCAUGCACCGCAUCGCCCGCAUGCCCGAGUCCUCGCGGCGCCGGCAGCCGGUGGCCCCGCGGGGACGCAUGCCGGUGGUGAGGCGGGGGGCCGGGCGGGACUACGAGGAGGCGGAGGACGAUAACGAAGAGGACCCCAUGAUCUUCGAGGAGAUCGAGGUGGAGAAGGAGAAGAGCACGGAGGGCGGGGAGAAGCACGACGGCCGGCGUCGCAUCAAGCAGGACGGGCUGAUGCGCGCCUACGUGCUGCACCUGCUGUGCCGCUCGCUGCUGGAGAUGGCGUUCCUCUUCGGGCAGUACCUGCUGUACCGCUUCGAGGUCAGCCCGUCCUACGUCUGCAGCCGCAGCCCCUGCCCGCACACCGUCGACUGCUUCGUCUCCCGCCCCACCGAGAAGACCAUCUUCCUGCUCAUCAUGUACGCGGUCAGCGGGCUCUGCCUCUUCCUCAACCUCUGCGAGCUCCUGCACCUCGGCGUGGGGCGCAUCCGUGACGCCCUCGGCCAGACCGCUGGCCCCCCGCACCCACCCGGCGGCAGCCCCACGCCACAGUACGCCAAGAAAGCCCCCAGCGCGCCCCCCACCUACCACUCGCUGAAGAAGGAGACACUGAAGUCCCCCCUGCCCGACGGCAAGCUGGACUACAGGGAGAACCUGGCCAACUCGGCGGCAGAGCGCUUCGCCCUGGCCGGCGCUCCCCCCGAGCACGAGCUGGAGCGGCUGCGCAAGCACCUGCGCAUGGCACAGGAGCACCUGGAGAUGGCUUUCCACCUCCAGCCACCCCCGCAGCCCCCCAGCCCCUCUCGCAGCAGCAGCCCCGAGGCCAACGGCAUCGCCGCCGAGCAGAACCGCCUCAACCUGGCCCACGAGAAGGGCGGCAGCGUCUGCGAGAGGACCACGGGGCUGUGAGUGCGGAGGACAGCAGGAUCGGACGGUCGGAUGAUGCUGCUGGCUCGGGACAGCGACGUGCGUCUGUCCCAUGGGGCUGGGGCAUCCCUGUCCCAGCGGGCAGCUAUGGGGACUGGGGCUCGGGGAACCUUCCU